CGAAGUAGAUUCGGUACGAACGUGUUCGCGUGGCCGCUGCGCGCUGUAAAAGAAAGAGACUCUUCUAAGUGUAAUAUUUGGGGACUUAGCAAAAAAAUAUAUGAUUUUGUAGUAUCGCGCAGUAAAUGCAAAGGCACAAAAAGUUGUUGCAAUCGUGUGUAUCGGCUUUUAACAACUGAUAAAUACAUAUUAACUACAAUAUAUACAAGUGUAGAAAAUAAUAAAAAAAAGUGAAGUUGGGAAAAAAGCCGUGAGCGCCGGACUGCCAACUGAGAAAUUGUGCAAAAUGAGUGGGGAUGUGGCUGCUGAAAAUAAUGUACACGUGCAAAAUGGCGGCAGCUGCGAAGUGCAAUCGAAUGGUGUAACCACAAAUGGACACCAUCACCACCAUCAUCAGAGCAGCAGCAGCAGCAAUAAACAUAAAUCAUCCAGCAAGGAUAAGCAUCGUGAUAAGGAACGCAGCAGCGAGCAUAAGAGUUCAAGCUCUUCAUCUAGGGAACAUAAAAGCGGAAGCAGCAGCAGCAGUAGUCGCGAUAAGGAUAAACAUAAAAGCAGUAGCAGCAGCUCUUCAAGUGGCAAGGACAAGCAUAGGGAUAAGGAACGGGAUAGCAGUAACUCAAAUCGAAGCUCUUCGUCGUCAUCGUCCAGCCAUCGCGAUAAGAACGGCAAGCAUAAGUCUUCGUCUAGCCAUCAUCAUAAGAGUGGCAGCAGCAGUAGUAGCGGCUCGUCCUCCAAGGACAAAGAGCGUCGCGACAAGGAUCGCAGCAGCAGCAACUCCUCCAGUCGGGAUAAACACAAGUCUUCGUCAUCAUCGUCUUCGAGUUCACGUCACAAGAGCUCAUCGUCUUCAUCAUCAUCGAAAAGCAAACAUUCCAGUUCUAGACAUGGCUCAUCAUCGAAAGAUCCCUCCUAUGAUGGUGUAUUCGUUAAGCCAGAGCCCCAGCAGCAGCAGCUCCAGGAACAGCAUCAGCAGCUCCAAAUGCAGCAGCAGCAGCAUCUCCAGCAACUCCAGCAACAACAACAGCAGCAAAUGCAAUCCGAAUGCAAUGGGUAUAAAAAUGGCUACGAAGAGCACAUUGUCGAUGUUAAAAAGGAGGAGGAGAACUUUGAUUUAUCGCAGGCUAGCUCCUGUGACUACUCGAUGUCGCAGUUCAGAGCGGAUGAACCAGCGUUUGUGGCUAAAGAGGAGGCCACCUAUGCAGAGGAUGAUAGCGCGUUAAACGAUGAUGAUGAUGAUGACGACGACGACGAUGAUGAUAAUGACAAUGACAAUGACAAUGACAAAUAUAACGAUAACAAUAUGAAUAUUAAUAACGAAGGCGAGGACGAGGAAGAAGAUAUGCCAUUGGCCAUGCGUAAGCGCAAACAAGAGCCCUCCGAUGAAAUGGACGGAAAUGGAGACGAUGACGACGAUAACAUUCCGUUGCUUGCGCGCAAAAAGAUGAAAAAAGAAUCAAAGGACAAGAAAAACAAAAAGAAACGCCCCAAGGUAGAGAUGGAUGACGAAUACGGCAGCGCGAAACCCAAAAAGAAAAAGGUCAAAAAGGAGAAUGAAAUCAAGCAUGAAAACGUUUCCCCAACGAAGCGUUCGCGCAAAGACAAAAAGGACGAAGAGGAGGAAGUGUGGAGAUGGUGGGAAGAGGAGAAACGUGAGGAUGGAGUCAAAUGGUCAACUCUCGAGCAUAAGGGACCUGUAUUUGCACCACCCUAUGAGCGUGUGCCCCGCAAUGUGCGUUUCUUUUAUGAUGGCAAGCCACUGGAGUUGAGUGAAGAGACCGAGGAGGCGGCUACAUUCUAUGCAAAGAUGUUAAAUCACGAUUAUUGCACCAAGGACGUAUUCAACAACAAUUUCUUUAAGGAUUUCCGCAAGACAAUGACCCCCAAGGAGAAGGAUAUCAUUAAAGAUUUUCGCAAAUGCAAUUUCAAAGAAAUGCAUGACUUCUUUCAGGCUGAAUCCGAAAAACGUAAAGCAGCCACAAAAGAAGAGAAGCAAGCGAAAAAGCUUGAGAACGAGGCUCUAAUCAAGGAAUAUGGUUUCUGUAUGAUAGAUGGUCACAAAGAAAAGAUCGGCAACUUUCGUUUGGAGCCGCCAGGUCUGUUUCGCGGUCGCGGUGAGCAUCCAAAGAUGGGAAUGAUUAAGCGUAGAAUUGCGGCCGCCGAUGUGUCCAUCAAUUGUGGCAAACAAUCAAAGGUGCCACGACCACCGCAAGGCGAACGCUGGAAGGAAGUGCGUCAUGAUAAUACCGUUACUUGGUUAGCAUCCUGGACGGAGAAUGUUCAGGGUCAGGUGAAAUACAUUAUGCUGAAUCCAUCGUCCAAGCUAAAGGGCGAAAAGGAUCAUAUUAAAUAUGAGACAGCCCGCCGGCUGGAUAAAUUUAUUGACAAAAUACGCGCCACCUAUCGCGACGAAUGGAAGUCGAAGGAGAUGCGUGUCCGCCAGCGUGCCGUUGCUCUGUAUUUUAUUGAUAAGCUCGCACUGAGAGCGGGGAAUGAAAAAGAUGAGGAUCAAGCCGAUACCGUUGGCUGCUGUUCGCUGCGUGUGGAGCAUGUGCAGUUGCACAGGGAGCUUAAUGGUAAAGAGAAUGUUGUCGUAUUUGAUUUUCCUGGUAAGGAUUCCAUACGUUAUUACAACGAGGUCGAGGUGGAAAAGCGCGUCUUCAAAAAUCUCGAACUGUUCAUGGAAAACAAAAAGGACGGCGAUGAUCUUUUCGAUCGCCUCAAUACCCAAGUGCUAAAUGAGCAUCUCAAAGAGUUAAUGGAAGGUCUCACGGCUAAAGUAUUUCGUACAUAUAACGCAUCGAAAACGCUGCAAAACCAAUUGGAUCUGCUGACUGAUGCGGACGCUUCGGUUGCCGAAAAGUUGUUGGCCUACAAUCGUGCUAAUCGUGCGGUGGCCAUCCUCUGUAACCAUCAGCGGUCCGUGCCCAAAGGACAUCAGAAGUCAAUGGAGAACCUAAAGGAGAAAAUACGCGCCAAGCGCGAUGCCAUUGAUGAAUGCGAGGCCGAAUAUCAUGAUCUGAAAAAGGCGGCCAAGCGUGGUUCCGUUAAAGAGAAGGUUAUUGCCGAUAAGAAGGGCAAACAAAUGGAACGUUUGAAGGAUCAACUGAAAAAAUUGGAACUACAAGAGACUGAUAGAGACGAGAAUAAGACCAUUGCCUUGGGCACAUCCAAACUAAAUUAUCUCGAUCCACGCAUCACAGUUGCCUGGUGUAAAAAGUAUGGCGUGCCGAUUGAGAAAAUCUUUAAUAAAACGCAUAGAACCAAAUUUCUCUGGGCCAUACAUAUGGCCGAUGAGAAUUAUCGUUUUUAAACAAUUGUUUUUAACACAACCAAACCAACAAUAUUUAAAAACUACACAAACCGAUAAACUCAUGCACACAGCGCAACAGGAAAAAAUAUUUGAGCGAUGACCAACCUAAAUGUACCGAU